CUUUCAGUGCGCGCGUUCCCGUACACACACAGAGCAACUUGCCGGUUGCCACGUCACCUUCCUAGACGUCACCGCAUAAACAGUAAAGAUGGCGGCCUCCGUCCGGGAAAAACAGGCAGCUGCUCUAAAGCGAAUGCUCAACUUCAAUGCCCCACCCCUGAAAAACACAGCAGCUGAACCGGUAUGGAAGGUCCUUAUUUACGAUCGCUUUGGCCAAGACAUCAUUUCUCCCCUGCUGUCAGUGAAGGAGUUACGUGACAUGGGCAUCACUCUUCACCUUUUGUUACACUCCGACCGCGAUCCCAUUCCAGAUGUUCCUGCCAUUUACUUCAUUAUGCCCACAGAGGAGAACAUUGACAGGAUAUGUCAAGAUCUGCGAAACCAACUCUAUGAGUCCUACUACCUGAACUUCAUCUCUGCCAUCUCCAGAAGCAAGCUGGAGGAUAUAGCAAGUGCUGCUCUAGCUUCUAAUGCAGUAAACCAGGUGACCAAAGUGUUUGAUCAGUAUUUAAACUUUAUCACACUUGAAGAUGAAAUGUUCAUUCUCUGCAAUCAAAACAAAGAACACAUCUCUUAUCACGCCAUCAACAAACCAGAUAUCAUGGACACCGACAUGGAGGCUAUAAUGGACACUAUAGUGGAUAGCCUGUUCUGCUUCUUUGUUACACUUGGUGCUGUCCCAAUAAUCCGAUGUCCAAGAGGGAAUGCUGCAGAAAUGGUAGCUGUGAAACUUGACAAGAAACUGAGAGAGAAUCUGCGGGACGCUCGAAACAGCCUGUUCACCGGAGACACCAUGGGCACUGGCCAGUUCAGUUUUCAGAGGCCGCUGUUUGUUCUUGCCGACCGGAACUUGGACCUAGCGACUCCUCUUCACCACACAUGGACGUAUCAAGCUCUCAUUCAUGAUGUGCUGGACUUCCAUCUGAACCGGGUGUCUGUGGAGGAGUCUCAGGGAUCAGAGGCCAGCCCAGCCGGGGCACGACCCAAAAAAAAGAACAAGAAGAGCUAUGAUCUCACUGCUGCUGAUAAAUUUUGGCAAAAACACAAAGGAAGUCCGUUUCCUGAGGUGGCAGAAGCCGUGCAGGAGGAACUGGAUACAUAUCGAGCACAAGAGGAUGAGGUUAAACGCCUCAAGAGCAUCAUGGGCCUAGAGGGGGAGGAUGAUGGAGCCAUUAGUAUGUUGUCAGAUAACACUGCCAAACUUACCUCAGCUGUCAGUUCUCUUCCUGAGCUUCUGGAGAAGAAGAGAUUGAUUGACCUCCACACCAACGUUGCCACGGCAGUUUUGGACCACAUCAAGAGUCGUAAGAUGGAUGUGUACUUUGAGUAUGAGGAGAAGCUCAUGAGUAAAUCUACUCUUGAUAAAUCUCUACUAGACAUUAUCAGCGAUCCUGACGCUGGAACUGCAGAGGAUAAGAUGAGGUUGUUUCUCAUCUACUACAUCACUUCCCAGCAGCCCCCAUCUGAGGCUGAUCUGGAGCAGUACAAAAAAGCAAUGCUUGAUGCUGGCUGUGACCUGUCCCCACUUAACUACAUCAAGCAGUGGAAAGCCUUCACCAAGAUGGCUGCGACACCAGCCAAUUAUGGGAGCGGUGGAGUAAAACCAAUGGGUCUUUUCUCGAGGGUCAUGAACACCGGCUCCCAGUUUGUGAUGGAGGGGGUGAAAAAUCUAGUAUUGAAACAGCAUAACUUGCCUGUUACACGAAUCUUGGACAAUUUAAUGGAAAUUAAGUCAAACCCGGAGACAGAUGACUACAGAUACUUUGAUCCCAAGAUGCUUCGCGGAAGCGAGAGCUCCAUUCCAAGAAACAAGAACCCCUUUCAGGAGGCCAUUGUCUUUGUUGUUGGUGGAGGCAAUUAUAUAGAGUAUCAAAAUCUUGUUGACUACACAAAGGCUAGACCAGGGAAGCGGGUUCUUUAUGGGUGUAGUGAGCUUUUCAACGCAUCCCAGUUUAUUAAGCAGCUCUCCCAGCUUGGUCAGAAAUAGGAGCAGCGAAGUCGAGCUAUCCACUCUUCUCAAAAUUGGAAUCAAGAUAUCUUCAUAGCUAUUAAUGCUAUGCUAUAAAUUGUCUCUAACCUCAGAAUCAUUGAUAUUCCAUGUACUUUAUACUGUUUUCCUAUACUAUUUAAUUCAAUAACAAUGGUUCUUGACAAUAAAGUUCUAACAGUCUUAAGCAGGAAA